UUAGCUGCGAGCUUUCGGUGGACGAUGUUGCGACCUUUGAACCGGCGCUGUCGCGAGUGUCCUGUUCUCUGAGGAGGGGCAGCAGCAGGAUUUGGGCAGUUGGUGGAAAAGCGCGCCACUUUUUCUUCCCUUUGUGGGAAAAGGAUACUUUUUUUGUGAUUUGGAAAAAACGAAAUCAGCCGGAAAAUCAAAGGAUUACUUCAGCAGGGUGCAGUUUGAAGGAACGAGAAAAAUCUCGAUUUUCGUGUUCAAUAAAAAAAAAUAGUUGUGAAAAUCUUCACCACCGUCGGGAAAAUUUGCAGUUUCACCAGUUAAAAAAAAAUGCGCGCCAAAUUAGCGGUGGCGGCGGCAACCUCUGAGCUUUUGCGUGUUUUCGUUAGCUGUGUAAUGCUAGCAAGUUGCUCCGGGCUUAAGCAGUGACUAAGUGGCUACUAAUUGGCGGUACUUGAGAAUCAAAAGCAGCAGCAGCAACGAUUAAAUAUCAAGAUUUGGAGGGCACGGCAUGAUGUGCCGGCCGACAAGUCAAUCGCUGGGAACGCUGUGUAAUUUAGAUAUUUGGAGCCGUUAAAGUGUGUGAUGUUUGUUGAAUAGAGAGGAAAAAAUAGUGUUACAUGUUGUUGCUGUCGUCGUUGGAUGGAGAAAUGUUUGGCGAUGUGGAUAUAUAACAAAAAUCUAUAAAGGAAUUUAUGUGUAAGAGUUUUUAGUGAAAUGUUGACAAAAAAGAGUUUUAAAUGUAUUCACAAUGAAGAAGCUGAAUAAUGUGUAAAUGUAUAAAAAUUUAAAAAAGUUCAUGUCAAACAGCAGUGAAAUUAGAAGAAUAUGCUCAAUUCAGUGAAAUAUUGAACUAUUAAAAAUAAUAACAAAAAAAUAUAGGAUGAAAAAACAAACUCUCAGCCGAUUUAAAGUCAAUCCCAAGUGUAGCAAAACUCUGCAAUUCCAAUAUCCAAUUAAAAAUUAAGCAAUGUUGUCAAACUACGUGCGAUUGGCAAAACGCGGCCAGCCCAAAUUGUCCAAGUAAUGGGGAGGAAAUCCCAUCACAACCCAGCGCUUGAAAGCUUCAAAUUACUGGUCAACCAAGCUGAAGAAAAAGUUCCAAGAACGGGCACACAAAAACGGAAUCGGAAAAUUGCAGUGAUUGAAUGAGAGGAAAAGUUUUUAAUUGUGCCGCGUUCGACAGUUGUGUUUGGCGCUUUUGAUUCAGUGAAAAAAGCGAAAAAGUGUUUUUUUGCCGGUUGGAAAAAAAGGGAAUUUAAUUUUGUCAGCUCUGACGCAGUCUGAGGGCAAAGUAAACGUCAGUUACAAGUGACGAUGAAGAAACAUCUUUGAUGGGGGAAAUUGCGAGCUGAUUUCGGCUGUAAACGCGUACUGUUGGUAGUGAUAUUGUGUUUGGAGUAUUUCGGAGGAAAAAAAAAAGUGCGGGCAAAGUUGCUCCAACCCCUUUAAUUUGCGAAUCAUUUGAGCGUCGUUGUGAGGAAAAAUUGUUCAAGCAAAACAUAAUGUGAUCCCAGAGUGUUUCGCUUUUUCCGUCCUCUGGACGGAAUGGAAGAAUUUUCCUAAAAUAUUUUGUGGAGUCCACUCUCAGUUGUGGUCGUUAUCCGGCAAGUGCAAAGAAGAAGACGAAGGAAAAAAAGUUUUCCGGGAAGGAAAGUUGUCCGAACGUUUUUUUUUUGUGCGUCCUUUCCCCAAGUGUAGUUCUCAAAACAUUGUGAUUUGCAUAUCAACUUGAAGCAGCUUUAUAAACCCCGUGACCUGCAGGGCAUACUAGAGCAGCAAGGAUGGACCUCGACAUCAUCGACAUCCGGACGCUGGGAUAUCUGUCCAGCACAAGCACGGUGGUGUCGGCAACUACAAUAUGUAAUCUGACGGCGGCGGCCGCGGCCGCGAAUCAGAGUGACGGUUCCGGGGACGGAGGGGGAGGAGGCGGCGGGGGUGGCACCGCUGGUGGAGGUGUGGCCGGGGGACCCGAUGAUGGGGGCGACGACGACGACGUGGACGCGUUGUCACCCCUGUCGAUGUCCUGUUUAGGCGUGUUCCUGUCGAUUGUGAUAUUUCUCUCGGUAGCGGGAAACAUUCUAGUAUGCAUAGCAAUCUACACCGAGCGGAGCCUGCGGCGGAUCGGGAACCUAUUUCUGGCGUCGCUGGCCAUCGCCGACCUGUUCGUCGCGUCCCUGGUGAUGACGUUCGCCGGUGUCAAUGAUUUAUUGGGCUACUGGAUCUUCGGAGCCCAGUUCUGCGACACGUGGGUGGCGUUCGACGUGAUGUGUUCAACCGCUUCCAUCCUGAACCUGUGCGCCAUCUCGCUGGACCGGUACAUCCACAUCAAGGAUCCGCUCAGGUACGGCCGCUGGGUGACGCGCCGCGUUGCCAUCGGGACCAUCGUCGUCAUCUGGCUGCUGGCCGCCCUGGUGUCGUUCGUGCCCAUCUCGCUCGACCUGCACCGGGACAAGCGGGACGAGACGGACACCUCGCUCAUCAUUAAUGGCGUCAAGUACGAAACGUGCGCCCUCGACCUGACGCCCACCUACGCCGUCGUCUCUAGUUGUAUAAGUUUCUACGUACCUUGUAUAGUGAUGAUCGGAAUCUACUGCAGACUGUACUGCUACGCCCAGAAGCACGUCAAGUCGAUACGGGCCGUGACGAGGCCGGGCGAGAUCAGCGAAAAGCGCUACCGCAGCAUACGACGGCCCAAGGCGAACUGCGCCAGCAGCAUCAACAAAAAGCUCAAACUGCGCCAGCUGGCCCAGCAGGCGUCCUCGCCGUACCACGUGUCCGACCACAAGGCGGCCAUCACCGUGGGCGUCAUCAUGGGCGUCUUCCUAGUUUGCUGGGUGCCCUUCUUCUGCGUCAACAUCAUCGCGGCGUUCUGCAAGACCUGCAUCGGGCCGCAAACGUUCAAGGUGCUGUCCUGGCUCGGGUACUCCAACUCCGCGUUCAACCCGAUCAUCUACUCGAUCUUCAAUACCGAGUUCCGCGAGGCGUUCAAGCGUAUCCUGACGACGCGGAGUUCGUGGUGCUGCGGCCAGGAGAUGGGCAACAUCUACCCCCGGCACAGCGACCGCUACGUGACGGAUUACGCCGCCAAGAACGUCGUCAUGAACUCGGGCCGGUCGUCGGCCGACCUGGAGCAGGACGACCAGGAAUACUUUGAAAUAUUUUGACUUUGACAGAAUGAAGCAGGGAGUUAAAGCCAAUUUUCAAAUUUAAAUGCAUAAAGUUUUCUUCUAAAUAAACAGCAAUCUAUUGUACAUUCAUCACAGCUGAAA